CUCCGACGCCUUCCACCAGAAGAUCCUAAAUUUGCCUCGAAGCGCCCGCACCUGCCCACAGCAGGCAUGGAUGACGACUUCGAUGAUGGAGAUUACUACGUCAAGCCGCGCAUGCGCCUCGCAUCCGAGCCGUUCGUUUCGCCAGAGGACCAGCUAGAUCCGGACGCCUCGGUCUCUCGCCCAGUUCGAUACAUCCUCUGCGGAUUCGCCGCCGCGCUGCUCGCCGCGGGAAUCGUGACGUCGGGGUUCCUCCAGUUCGCCCUCAUCUGGAUCACGCUAGCCCUCGUUAUAGGCCCUCUCGCUCCAAUCUCACAAACAGGAGGGGACUGUCGAGUUGGUGUCGGUCCCCCGCUAGAAGAACACUUGCACGCGGAGGCCGAACCAGCAGAGGAUCCGUCCCCAUCCUCUCGUUACAAGCCCGUCAUUCCGCGUGAAUCCCGGGAGGCCGAGUUGGCAGAUCUCCCCAUCCAACGCUCCGCAAAUGACGGCGCGACAAACGUCGGCGACGCCGCGGAGAGCCUGGGGGUCGACACGAGCGAGUGGACGCGGGAGGAAUGGGACCAACUCAAGAAGCUUCUCGUGAAGCUUCCUCGCGGCACGACGCAGCGGUGGGAGAAGGUGGCGCGCGGUGUGGGGUCGGGGCGGCGCGCCGUGGACGACGUGGUCCGAUCCGCCAAGGCCGUGGCGCUGCAGAAGCCGUCGGAUCGCGACGCGUAUGCCGCGUUCCUCGCGCAGCGGAAACAGCACAAGGGAAGCGCGGGGGGAGCAGCAGGCGGAGCGGGGGGAGCGGGGGGAGCGGGGGGAGGGGAUCCGGCGCCAACGAACAGAUGGGAGGAAGAGGGGGUUGGACCGGGGGGUGCGGGGGUGGGGAGUUCUGCUGCAGGAGAGUCUGAAACGGACGGCAAGGUUGGUAACUCGGUUACCACGUGGACGGAGGCGCAGGACCGGGCGCUGGUGCAGGCGCUGAAGGAGUUCCCCAAGGACACGGCCCUGCGCUGGGAGCGCGUGGCCAGUGCAGUGCCGGGUCACAGCAAGCAGCAGUGCUUCAAGCGGUUCGCAGAGCUGAGAGACAACUUCCGCAAGAAGGGGUCCGACCUCGCAGAGUGACGCCAGGUGGAGUCAUCCGAGUUCAUCUCUCAUCUCACCUGCUGCUCGCAUGUGCCAGCGCCCGGUUCUUCUCCCUGUCCACCCAGCCAUACUCGCGUGUUUCUUUGAGCAUUGGAGCUCUAAAUCGUUGGGGCAUGUGGUGCGGAGGGUGCAGUGUUCAGCUGCGCCAUUGAUUGAAAUGCCACCAUGGUGUCCUAGUGCACAUUUGUUGGGCCAUGCUGCUCUUCUCUGUUAACGUAGAAACGAAUGAUUACUAGAGGUGGAAACCUAGAACAAAUACUAGUUGGUUGUACUCACUAGAAGCAUACCUCAGUCUAGCC